GUUUACGUACUGAUAAGAAGUGAUGAAGAUGAACAUUUUUUAAAAUUUUGAUUUGAAAUUAAAUAUUUUGAAAUGAAACGUUUGAUUUUUGAUUACUACUUGGUUUUGAUUGAAAAUAUUUAUUUUGAUCAGUUUUAUAUUUCUGUACAACUUGAAAAGUUGAAAUCAUUCUGAAUUAUAUUUAUUGUACAUGAUUUGUAUAAGUAUCGCAUUGUUGUGGUUUGAUUCAUUUCAUCCAUUUUGAGACUGAGACUGCAUUUCCGGAGUUCAUCACUAUGGUUUACUUGCACUUUCCUUCGAAUUUAACGGAAGAAGAAAUGAUGUUACAAGCUAAAUAUCAGAAAUUGAAGAGAAAAAAAAAAGCUGCUAUCAAUAAGAAAACUCCAAGACCGGAACCCGAAAGGUCUCCUGUAAAAGUAUCUAAAGGACCAAAAAUGGAAGCCAGAGAUGCUCGUGAAGUUGCCAAAAAAUUAUUAAAAUCUGGUGCCAUUUCACCCAUAGUGAAAGCUUCCAAACGUUCAGAAAGCGAAGGUUUCAAAAGACCUUCGAGGUUCAGAAGCAUGGAUAAAAAACUGACUGAAGAAAAAACUGUUGCCGGGUAUCAACCUUUCGCUUCCUCUCCUAUAGAAGACCGGGAAGAGGGUAAAACUGCCUUUAGUCCAAAAGUUAAAGGAUUGUAUGAUAGCUUCGUUUCUGAGAAAACUUUAGAAUCCAAGAAUGACACAGAGAGACCAGAGAGCUCCAAGAUAGAUAAACAACCCAAACAGGGAAAUACCAUAUUUGUUUCUGGAUACAAAAUAAAUGAGGAAUUUUUGAGAAAAACUUUCGCUCAGUUUGGAAAUAUUAUUAGUGUAACGAUGGAAUCUGAAAAAAAUCGUGGAUUUGUUACUUUUAAAAAACCCGACUCUUCGGAUAAAGCAAUUGCCGAUAUGGAUGGGAGAACAAUCAGUGGUAAUACAUUGAAGGUAUCUAUUGCGAAAAGGCAACUAAUGAACAGUUCCAGUAGUAGUGCUAGUCCGAUUGCUACCGCAUCAUCCAAUGAAACUUCUAGGCCUGUUGGUUGGGUUGAUAUCGCUGAAAAAUAUUCCCAGAAAGGUAAUUACGUUGAUAAACGAGAAGCUAUUGAGUAUGAGGAAGAUCUCUUCUCGUCGUGAAGACCAAAUCAAGUUACCAGCAGUGCUCGCUUGACUGAAGAAUAAUUUGUAUAGGUACUCUUUAUGUAAUUGUAAAUACAUUUUUUCCAUGUUCCUUU